UUUAUUUUUUGGGGUGGGAGUGGUUUUGGGUGGGCAGUGAAAGGAAAACAUUUAUGAAGAUGAACUCAAUGAAGUGUCAUCCCUUGAUUUCUCCAGAUUGGUUUUCGUGAGCAGCAUCUUUUGUAGAUGAAUAUGCUUCAAUUCAUGCAACCUUUACUGAAGGUAUCAAAAACUUGACUGUUGCUACCUUUUCUCUUCUUAUUUGUUUGGGGUGGGUGGGCGGUGAGGAAAACAGAAAUUAUGAAGACGAACUCAAAGUAGUGUCACCCCUCGAUUUAGCCAGAUUGGUUUUCAUGAGCAGCCAUCAUAAGUAGAAGAGAAAUCUUUUUCCUGAAGUCAAGUUUGUGUUCACUGCAACAAGAUUCACUUCAGGGUUAUUCUUGCUAACCCUUUAUUGUAACACACUACUUUUAGUACUUAAAUUCUGUCUGAAGUAAUUAUUAUCUUACUUUAACAACCUAUACUUUUCUUGAAGGGAAGUAGUUCAAUGGUAUCACAUUGUACUGCUCUACCAUGAAAGAUUGAAACCCAUCUUAGCCUUGGCUUUUUCCAUUUUGAGGUAGCCUAGCCUAUUAUUCUUGUACUGUUUCACAAUGCUCACCAAGCAACCUUGGAUUCUCUACAUCCUCCAACUAUUUGAGGCUGUGAGAGUUAACCAAGCAUUCUAAGGUUCUCUUUUGCAAGAAUAGAAAAUGUCAGAUUGUUGCAGCCAAGAAUGUGCUCUCUUCUUUUGGUUCCUGACCAAUCAAACUCCAAAUCCAAAUUGAAUUUGAGAGGUCUGCUAGUCUGAAGCAACUGAGUUAUGGAAAUGGAAGAUAACACUCAACAUGCACAGAGACAAAGCAGAGAUCAUAUUUCAAUUGAAGUUUCUGCAAAUGAGUCACUUGCCUCUUCCAUCAGAGGGAAAAUGGAACAGAAAUCUCCUUCACUUUGCAUAUACAGAGUUCCAGAAAAGUUUCAGGGGGUAAGUAAGAAGUCCUACAUCCCUGACAUAGUUUCCAUUGGCCCUCUUCACCAUGGAAAUUCUUCACUAGGUCCAAUGGAAGAUCAUAAAUGGCGAUAUUUCCAUGCCCUUCUCGGCCGUAAUCCAGUACUAGAGGAAAGCCUUGAUGAAUGCGUUAAAGCCAUUAGAGAAUUGGAACAGAGAGCUCGGAAAUGCUUCUCUGAAUCGGAUAAAAUCACUCUCAAUAGUGAUCAAUUUGUGGAAAUGUUGUUAGUUGAUGGUUGCUUCAUCAUUGAACUCUUCUUCAAAUACAUUCUGAAAGGGUUGAGAAGGAAAGGGGAUCCAGUGUUCAAUACCAAAUGGAUGCUCUCUGGUAUAAGGCGUGAUCUGAUGUUACUCGAAAACCAGAUACCCUUGUUUGUUCUUCAGAGGAUAUUCGAUCUCGUUCCCAUUCCAGACCAGUUGCAUCGUCAAUCCCUCACUUAUAUUGCUUUCCGUUUCUUCAAAGCUAUAAUCCCAGGAAACAAAGAAGCUCUUGAGAGUAAAUUCGUCCAUGAAGGAGGUCACCUACUGGAUUUGCUUCGUCAAUGUUACCUCCCAUCGUUCCCGAGGGUGAUGCCAUUACCAAACCAACGAGGAAUUCAGGAAACCCUUAAUUCUGCAACGAAGCUUCAAAAAUCAGGAAUCAAGAUCAAGAAAUCUGUGCAGGAUAGCUUAUUAGACCUAAAAUUUGGUAGAGGGGAACUCCGAAUUCCUCCCCUGAAGAUCUAUGAUUAUACAGAAUCGGUCCUGAGAAAUCUCGUCGCUUUGGAGCAGUGUUGCCAUGAGCACAUGAAGCAAAUCUCGUCUUAUGCUCUCCUUAUGGAUAACCUAAUCCGAUCCAACAAAGAUGUGAGAUUUCUUGAACAGAGAGGAAUCAUUGUAAAUCAUUUGGGUUCGGAUGAGGAGGUGAUCUCUCUGUUCGAUAACCUCUGCAAGGAGAUUGAGGUUGAGGAAUCUUACUAUGUGGGUCUCUGCCAACAAUUGAAUGGCUACUGCAACACCAAUUGGCAUGGAAAGUUGUUGAAGCUAAGGGAGCUGCACCCUCAUCUUCUGCACCUCCUUGGAAUUCUACUUCUCCUCAGCUUCACAGGAACCUUAUUUUCUGUACUCUCUUUUUUUCUCUAUCACUGAAGGCUUAGUCCUGCCUCCUGCGUCUCUUGGCAUGUUUUCUUCAUUGUUUUUUUUUUGGAUGAAUUUGUUUUCUUCAUUUUGUUUGGGAAGAUGUAAUAAAGAUGAUGUGCCUAUUUCCUCA